AAGGGGAGGGAACUAAUGCUUGGCUCUACCAUCAGCAUCAGAAUGCAUGCUUCCCUUGGAGCCUCCUCAUCCUCCUCCUCUGCUGAACGAGGCUAAAAUGAAGAAGAGAAAGGAAACCAAGCACCUGCCAGAGUGACAAACUGGGAACAACAUCUUGAAAUGGAGUUGCUACGUGCCAAAACCUUCAUUAAAAGUUACGUACAAAAUCCUCCUGAAAACUUGCCCUGUAUUGGAGUUGCAGACAAGAAGAAUCAAAAUGCAGAAAUGAACAUUUCUGGGUGCAAUAAUAAAAUUAAUGGCUUCAGUACCAGGGAAGUAUCACAUAGAAAACUUAUGAAAAUUACAGAUAACAAUGUCCGGUGCAACAAAUUGGUCAAAAAGAGCAAAACACAUGAUUGUGUCUCAAAAGAAGAAAGAAUGGAGGAAAUCGCGUCUGCAAAUGCAAAAGGCAGGAUUCCCAGUAGUGUCAGUUUCUCUGGAUUUGAAAAUACAAAUGGAAAAGGAAACUGUCAUUCGGCUGCCAACCAACAAAUGAUUGACUACCGGAACUUUGUGCCCCAGAUUCCUUUCGUACCAUCAGUGGCUAAAACUCUGCCGAGGAAGAGAAUUUCUUUAAAAAAACCUAAAAAGGGGUUUAAAAACAUAUUUCAAAUAAAAAGAAAUAAAUGCCAAGACAUUGUAUCGUUGCCCGAAAAGGACAGGUUCAAGCAAAUAAUAUUUAAUGCAGAAGAGGGGAAAAUGGAUUCGAGAGAGCUGUAUUCCGACGAGCUAUCAGUUUAUGAAUUCUCUGAUAAUGAGUUAUAUAUCGACACUAUUGAUUGUUACCGUAGGUUUUGUGAGGACGUGGCUUCUCUGAAGAGCUUUGAUUCUCUUACCGGCUGCGGAGAAAUAUUUGCAGAUGAAAAUCCUGCAUUUUUGGGUACAGAUGAAAAGAAGGAUGGGCAUAAAUUAAAAUGCAUUCCCAAAGACCAUUCCAUGUCUGGGACAUUUCAAGGUGGGGUUGAAAAACUUGCAUCACCGGCUAAAUCAGAAUCAGUUGAUUUCACAAGACUCUGUGGACACAACAAAUCUGUAAAAUGCUUUUGUUCUAAUUUGCAGGAUGGUUUCGCAUUGUUUCCAACCUCACAGUCUAUGGUUGUAAAAGAGGCUAGCCAAUAUCAGGUGCUGGAAUCCCCUUCUACAGAUCUGGUAUCUUCGAAUGAAUCUUUUACUGAUCCAGAAUCACCAGUAUCUACAAGUGAUGAAGGAUAUUGCGACUCAACAUCCCCUGGAAUGUAUGAUGAAAAGAAGGAGAACACAACAUAUCCAAGAGAUAGUUAUAGCAGAGAUAGCAGAGAUGCACUUUUUGAGUUAUUUUAUGAUUCUAAUGAAAGCAUGCCAUGCUCUGCUAUAGACAGCACAUUAUCAAUAUCAGGAAACAGUACUGACAAUCCUCAAUCAAUGUAUAGUUUUUGUGUUGGGUCGGAGGAAAACAUGGCAACUCAAACACCUAGUGAUCUAGUAGGAGAUUUUGGCCUUCAAAGUUCAUGGAAAGGCACUGAAUGCUUGAUGAAGCUCUGUGAUACAGAAUUGUCCUUAACUAUAGGGAUGGUAAACUGGUUGAGGAAGACAGGUAAUAAUUCUGAACCCCUAGUCAACAAUGUAGAUUCCUUUACCAGUGACCAACACAAACAUGCCAUAGCUGCGGAGGAAUUACCAAGCAAGAAUCGAAUCAACACAAGAGAAGUUUGUGAUAGGGAAGACCAAUGUACCAUAAAACAUGAACUGAAAUCUGAGGGACAACUAGCUAAUGAUGUCUUUAACCAAAAUGAAACUGAAGAUCAUGAUUCCAAACACAAGAAAGAAUUAUCAGGUCCACAAAUAGAAGAGGCUCCAUUGUGUACACCAGACACCAGUCUUUUGGAGAAGAAGUCUGGGUCACUUGUAUCAGACAACCAAUUCAACUGCAAAAUGCCACUUUUAAUCAGCAAUGAGGGUAAAUACUGCAAUCAGGUGGAAUCAUACAAUUGCUACUUCAGUAAAUUAGAUAACAUAGAUUCCAUGCAUUUAUUAAACAGUCCCAAUGAACAGCCUCCUAAAGCCGACAACCAAAAUGACCUGCAGUCACGUGACCUGGAUUGUGUUGCAAGCUGCAUGAAGCCAACACUGGCUGAAAAUGAUCAGAACAUUAUUAAAGUGCUGGAGAAUUGCACCAAUCAAAUUGCUUCUUUACAUAUAUCACACAAAAACCACAGUUACCAGCAAGAAAAACACAUGAAUAAAGAAAAUAUAUUACAAUCACAAGAGGUCUCCAAGAAUUAUAUUAAAUGGCAGAAAUAUGGCGUUCAGCCAGCAAUUUGCCCAGCUUUAUCUUACAGAAAUAAACCCAAGGAAACCAACAUAGAAACAGAAAUGUCUCAGCUCACAGACUGUAAGGAAGAUUCUAAGGAUAAUCAUACUCCUGCACCUGCACUUACAGAACAUAUUAAAUCUCAGUUGUUCACAAAAGAGAUGAGAACACCUGUAUUUCUGGGCAAUCCAAGAUUCCUACCAUAUUUUUGUAGGAAUUUUUCCCCACUGAUUUCAAGAUGUUCUUCGGCUUUGUAUAAAAUGCACAAUUCAGGGGAGGCUUUAAUAUUUUUUAAUUCACCUUUCAAACCUGAUGAAUCCCUUGGUAACACAGAUGAGCAUACCAGAGAUGCUAAUUGCACUUCCAAUGUGCUGGGUUCUGGAGAGAUGUCUAAAAGAACUGAGUUACUCAUGCCCACUGAUUAUGUUCAUGGAAAGAUAUACAACUAGGAUUUGAGCGUAUGGGCAUGUGAAGGUACAAAGACAUUAUAAUUAGCCAUGUAGUAUCACUGGCUAGGUGCAAUGGAACUUUCUAUUUAUUUAGCUCCUUGUCAUUUUCAAAUGGGCUGUAGCAUAAUAAUGGGUGUUAUUCUGUUGCAUUUUCUUACAUUUUAUAUAUGGGACCAAUUGGUCCUUGAUAUGUGCCAUUUUCCAAGUUUGAAAAAACACUACCACUGACAAAAUUGAUCAGCUGGGAAAUGGAGCACUACUUGUGUCUUGUACCUGGAACCAGACGUGGGCAGGUGGAGGCCCUCCAGAUUUUGUUGAACUACAACGCCCAAAAUCUGCUGUCAGCUGUUGGAACCUUUACCUAGAGCAGUGAUUGCCAAUCAGUGGUUUCCGAGCAACAUGUUGUUCUCCAACCCCUUGGCUGUUGCUUCCAGUGGCCUCAAAGCAGGUGCUUAUUUUUGAAUUCCUAGUUUAAAAGACAAGUGUACUGCCAAACAGAGCAUCAUGUAGGCUGCCAUAACAUAUAGGGGCUAGCAAAUAGCCAAUUACAGCUCUUAUUUGGCACUCCAUGGACUUUUUUCAUAAUUGUGUUGCUCCCUAACUCUUUUUAUAUUUGAAUGUGGCUCUUGUUGGAGAGAAAAAAAUAGCACCAUGUAUAAUAUGCCAUAACGGCUAACAGUAUAGCAACUGUAAACAGCACCCCGAUGAGGAAGCGAGUCCAAAAAAACCUUGUUCUGCCUGUGCCAUCAGACAAAUGGAUCUUUCCCCAAUUUAUCUCAACAGGUGGAGGGUAAAAGUGUAAUUUAGUUGUUUCACUUUAAAUGCCUACAGUUGGUCAGAUAAUUAAAGGGGAAGGAAACCUAGUCGGCGCAAACCCCCCACCCCCCCUCCCGUUUGUUGCCCACCCUCC